UCCACUGCUGCUAAUUAAGUAACUUUUUGUACAUUUUCUACCGCCGGCUCCACCGCAACACAACACAACCUCCAACCUCCCGAGCUACAUAAUGGUUUACCAAGUGAAAGACAAGGCCGACCUCGAUGCCCAGCUGCAGCAGGCGGGAAGCAAGCUGGUGGUCCUGGACUUCUAUGCCACCUGGUGCGGCCCCUGCAAGAUGAUCGCCCCCAAGCUGGCGGAGCUGGCCACGCAGUACGCCGACAACAUUGUCAUCCUCAAGGUCGAUGUCGAUGAAUCCGAGGAUAUUGCCAUGGACUACAACAUCUGCAGCAUGCCCACGUUUGUGUUCAUCAAGAACACCAACAAGGUGGAGGAGUUCGCUGGGGCCAAUGCCCAGCGGCUGGAGGAUGUCAUCAAGGCCAACAUCUAG